AGGGUCGUGGUCGCGUUCUCUCCGUAAAACGUAUUUAAACAACUGCCCUUCUCCUCUGACAUCCAGCGCACUGAAGCAGCAUCACGAUGAUCAUCUCGCAUUUGGUGGCUUGUGGACUUAUUCUGACUCUUCUAUCAGUCAGCACGGAGACAAAACCACUAACGCAGGCAGAACAGAGGUCCCUGCGGAUGCUGUUGGGAGAGGAGCUGUCUGAGUUCCUGGCGUCCGAUGAGAGCCAGAGGAGGAUGGAGAACCGAGUUCGUCUGCUCCGGGACCUGCGCAUGGACACUCGGGCCAAGGGCCCCUGGGCUCGGAUCCUGAACGAGCAGCCCGGCUCACGCAGACACAAAGCUGGAUCUAAGAAGGGAGGAACGACGGCCAGGAGCGGAUGCUUCGGACACAAGAUGGACAGGAUAGGAACCAUGAGCGGGAUGGGCUGUCAACCCUCUCUUUACCCAUCUGCAAAUAAUCUCUCCUGAGCGAAUCACGGACGCCAUCGAUUUUGGACAGAACAGACUUGCUCCUCGUCUGAGGAAAAACCUAGAGAAUCGGACUCAUGGUACGAAGCCACUACGAGAAGCAUCUGUGGGGACAAUGAAGCGUACAAAUGAAAUAAAAUAAUUAGAUGACAUAUAUG